AGUGCUUUUGUUUUGUUUUUGUAAUGGCGUGUUCCCUAAUUCUAGCAGCGCUGGGAGGAGGGUGCCUGGCCGUCUUCAUAGGACUGCGGCUUUGGGUGGUGCUUCAUCAUCGAGUCGUUGUGCCCCGCAAGUCGCUCAGUCUGUUGGUAGUGGCUGGGUCCGGUGGGCAUACCACAGAAAUCCUGAGACUGCUUGCAAGCUUGUCGAAUGAUUACACUCCAAGGCAUUAUAUCUUUGCUGACACGGAUGAAAUAAGUACCCAUAAAAUAAGGUCUUUUGAACUGGAGCGAGCUGAGAGAUACCCUGGUACCAUGUAUACCACUCACCGAAUCCCGAGAAGCCGGGAGGUGCGGCAGUCCUGGCUCUCCUCGGUGCUCACCACCUUGUACUCCUUGCUGUACUCCCUCCCCCUGACUUUCAGGCUGAAGCCGGAUUUGGUGUUGUGUAAUGGACCAGGAACAUGUGUUCCUGUCUGUCUCUCGGCCCUUCUCCUGGGGCUACUCGGAGUAAAGAAAGUGAUCAUUGUCUACGUUGAAAGUCUCUGCCGAGUGGAAACUUUAUCCUUGUCCGGAAAGAUUUUGUACUUCCUCUCAGAUUACUUCAUUGUUCAAUGGCCGACGCUCAAGGAGAAAUAUCCCAAAUCAGUGUACCUUGGACGAAUUGUUUGACAAUAAUAUUCAUUGUAAUUCAAAACAAAACAAACACACGCACAAAACUGUGUGUUUCGUAAAUAGGCUUCUGUGUGUCCUGAGAAUGAUUAGUAAGCAGGAGUGAAAUGUGUACAGAUACUGCACUGAUGAAACAGACGAGACGUCUCCUUUAAAAACAAACAUCAAUAAACAGCUGGCAUUAAGUGCUUAUGCCUCCUGUACGAUGAUGAAUUACCUUAUCUAAAAGGUAAAGGGGCUUAAAAGAAAAUUGUGGAAAAGUUUGGUUUUCUUUCCAUGAACUUUUUGAAGCCUUCUCCUAAGAUCCUUGAACGUCCUGGACAAGUGAAGUGACUAUGUUUUGUAAAAACAGGAAUUUGUACAAGUAAGGGGGGCUCCAGCUACCCUCAGCAAAGAAGGUGGAGCAUGUUUUCAUCUGAAAUCAAGGAGGCUUGAACCGAGUCUGCCACGAAGCUCAGACAAGAACGUGCGCCUGGACGCAGCCGGGGCACCCUAGACGGCAAGCCCGUCUGCUCUCAGGAGGGCUGCGCAGACCAGGGGGCAGUGGAAGAGGUGCACUGGGACAUGCGGACCUCUCACAAGGCCUAAUUUCAUUUGAAUCCUUUAUGGUUUAAAUAAAUUGUUAUAACCAAACGAUGGUAUAACCAAUUCAUUAUCUGGUUGUUAUAAAUUGGUAGCUGUAAUAAAGAUACCUUCUGUGAAUUCUGAGUUGCUGAGAGUCAACAGAAGUUAGUGUCUGCUUCUCUGUCAGUCUGAAAGACUGUGUCCUUUUAACUUGGGUGCUCUGACUUAGCCCUGGGUGGUUAGGGAAUAAGAAAGACGAAGCUGGUAGGUCCAAACGAGAGACAAUCAGGUAGGCUCCCAAACAUGUGGCCAGUGCCCACUGAGGUAGCCCUGGGUGGCUGGGACAGGAGACAGAAUAGGCCAGCUGGCCUGAAGUGGAGGGAAUUAUGUAGACUCCCCAGCUUGCAGCUGGUACCUAUUAGCCCCAUGUGGCUGGAGCCAAGAGAGAGUGUCACUUGGAAUGACUGGUAACAAGGAUAGAGGAGCAGAAAGGUGAAGACUGGAUCCGUUUUCAGGUGAAAAUUGGAUUGAUACUGAUCCUUCCCAGGAACUUAGCACUGAAGGUGUAAUUUGCCCUCCGUGUUCCUUGUUUAAUGCAGUAAGCAAUGAGGAUGGGAUUUCUUAGAACGGCCCUAAUCCAUAGAGACAGAAACAUGGGAAGAGAUAGGGUGAGUGAUCUAGGAAUGAGAAGUGUUUUAUUCGUGGAUGAUCCUUUGGUUAUGAUCUGUAAUGGCUAAAAUGAAAGUAAGACAUGAGCUGAGUCUGGAUUCCGGGUGAUUCAGGAAUGUGAUGGGGAAAAUCUUGAGGCAAGGCUAAGGCUCGAUUUUUGCUAGCAUGAGCCGCAGACUUGGAACUGUUUUCAAGGGGAAGCAAGGAAGAAAGAGAGAAGCCAGAUAGAAUUCUCUCUUUGGCAAAUGUGUCUGCACGAAGGAGGGCUAAUGAAGACAUUCCCAAAUAAACAAAAGCUGAAAGAGUUCACUAAAAGUAGACUCACCAACUAUAAAUGCUAAAGGAAGACCCUCAGAUGAAAAGGAUAUGAUACUAGAUAAUAACAUAAACCUGUUCAGACAAAACAAGAUCCUCAAUAAAGAUAAUUUCAUCAGUAAAUAUAAGGGCCAGUUUAUGAUUUCUUUGAUCAUAAUUCUAGUUGUUAUGCCUCCAUUUUAUCUAACAAAUACAAGGGGGUGUCCCACCCUCCUAAAAAUAAUAGAAAAAAGCUCAGCUGGGGGGAGUUUUCUUAGUACACAUUAUUCCCUGCUAGGCGAGCAUCAAGCAACUCCCUCUGAGUUAGUGCACCCAGUGGCUUUGCCUGGGAAGG